GUGGCACAAAAUGGAUGCUGCUUGCAAAUACAUCAGUUUUAACUAAACAUCGGCUCACAAAAUGGGAAAUCAGUUAGUUGGCAUCGCGCCUAGUCAAAUAUUUCCAGUAGAACAUUACUUGACGGAUCACAGUGACUUAUUAUUUGAUGUAAACUUAGGAAGUACCAGAUUUUUUAAAGUCGCCCGAGCUAGGAGCCAAGAAGGUCUUAUAGUGGUGAAAGUUUUUGUUAUACAUGAUCCGACACUACCAUUAUCUGCUUAUAAAGAUAAACUUGAAGAAAUUAGAUCUAAAUUAGCAUCUGCUGUAAAUUGCCUACCAUUCCAAAGAAUGAUUCUCACAGAAAAGUCAGGGUCAAUUAUGAGGGAAUAUGUGAAGUACUCCCUUUAUGAUAGAAUCAGUACCAGGCCAUUUUUAUCAAGUAUAGAAAAAAAGUGGAUUACCUUUCAAGUUUUAUAUGCAUUGCACCAAGCUCAUAAGUUUGGAGUCUGCCACGGUGAUAUAAAACUAGAAAAUAUUAUGAUUACCAGCUGGAACUGGAUUUUACUAACAGACUUUGCAAGUUUUAAACCAACUUACUUGCCUGAAGAUAAUCCAGCUGAUUUUUCGUAUUUCUUUGACACAUCUAGGAGAAGAACAUGUUAUAUUGCCCCUGAACGGUUUGUGAAAACAUUAUCUUCAGAAUUAAGCAAUACAUUAUUAUUAUCAGAACAAGAGCUAAAGACAGGUGAUUUGCAUCCAAUGAUGGAUAUUUUUUCUGCAGGCUGUGCUUUAACAGAAUUGUAUAACGAAGGACAUCCUCCGUUUGACUUUUCUCAACUAUUAGCAUAUAGAAACAAUGAGUAUUCGGUGAGCAAGCAUUUGGAUACAAUAGAGGAUUCAGGGAUACGUGAAUUGCUUGCAUCUAUGCUGGAGAGAAAUCCAGCAAACAGGAAAAGUGCCGAAAUUUAUUUGGCCCAGGCUCGUGGCACAAUAUUUCCAGAAUAUUUUUAUUCAUUUCUGCAAUCUUACAUGCUUAUUUUCUCUGCCGCUCCAAUUCUUUCGCCAGAUGAAAAAAUUAAUAGACUUAAGAAAGAUAUUGGUAACAUUAUCAAUAUUUUGAAAGCAGAAGAAAGUGAAAGAAUGAAGAAUAAUAGAAAAACUACAGAGACCAAUAGAAAUAAUCAGUAUGACAAUAACAUAGAAUCAACUAAAGAUGAUUCUGGUCACAGUGAAGAGAAUACCAUUGUAGAUCUUGAUAGUGAUCAAAGUUUUGAUAAAAGUGAAUUAAAUCAGGUUGAUGCAAAAACAGUUUCAAUGCAAGGGAGUAAAACUGAGAAUCAUGCAGUUCCGCAACCAGAUACUAAAGUACAUGAAGAACAAAAACAAAAAGUAGACAUGGAAAGUGACAAGAAAUCUUUUUUAACUCCGGAACCUCUCGAGGGAUUGGUUAUCAUAACUCAGCUAGUGACCUCGUGUAUACGAGGCUUACAUCAUUCUCAAUCCAAAUUGCAAAGUCUAGAAAUAUUACUUGAACUAGCUGAGAAUACAUCAGAUGAAACGAUACUAGAUCGAAUUUUGCCUUAUAUUUUUCAUUUAGUUCACGAUCCUGCUCCACGAGUAAGAGUAUCAGCUAUACAUACAUUGACAAAAUGUUUACAUCUCGUGAAAUCAAUUCCACCGUCAGAUGUAAACAUUUUCCCGGAAUAUAUUUUGCCAGGUCUAGCACAUAUUACGCAAGACGAAGCGGUGAUCGUUAGAGCUGCUUAUGCGGAGAAUAUUGCACAUCUAGCGCAUAUUGCGCUACGUUAUUUGGAGAAUUCACACUUAUCUAACUUAGGUAAUAAGGAAGGCCCAAGACCAAGUUAUGACAGUGAACUUCAGACAUUGCAUGAAAUGGUACAACAGUCUGUGUCCAUGUUAUUAACAGAUCCCCAAAAUUUAGUAAAACAAACAUUAAUGGAGAGUGGUAUAAAUAAACUGUGUGUAUUCUUUGGCAAGCAAAAGGCAAAUGAUAUCUUGCUUAGUCAUGUUAUUACUUUCUUAAAUGAUAAGGAAGAUAAGGAACUGAGAGGUUCCUUUUUUGAAUGCAUUGUGGGCGUAGCUGCAUAUGUUGGAUGGCAUAGUAGUCCUAUACUCAUGCCCCUUCUUCAACAAGGAUUAGCAGACCCUGAGGAAUUUGUGACGACGAAGGCGAUUAAUGCAAUGGCGACGCUCACAGAAUUAGGUCUUUUACAUAAAUCUGCCCUUUAUCAACUUUUAAACGAGACUAUGGUCUUUUUAGUACAUCCAAAUUUGUGGAUAAGACAUGCAACAGUUGGUUUUAUAUCCGCUGCAGCAAGAACGCUUAACUUAGUGGAUGUUCAGUGCAAAGUCCAGACAAUGAUUCAGCCGUACUUAAAGCACCCUCUAAUUCAGAUAGAAAAAGAGAUAUUACUAUUAGAAGCUUUGGUACCACCUAUACCAAGAAUAGUUUAUGAUUCUGUGGUGAAAUAUAACGAUAUAGAAGAAUUGUUCCAAGUUCUUGAGCAAAGACAAGCAGCUCGAGUUAAAGCGGCGACGGGAAUAGUAUCACAAUACAGCGAAAUGAGUACAUCGUUACGAAACCUUUUCAGACGAUUAAGUUCGGAAUCGAUGACCGAGACUGUCGAAGAUCAAUUAAUAGUAAUGAAGCCGCACCUAAUGAAAAUUAAUAAAUAUCGGAAUUCGAUGGACGCGAAACAAAGCACGACUAAAUCUGUGGAUGGGAAAUUAGAAUUAAAUUCUAUGAAGGAUAGAAUACGACAUCAUAUCGUAAUAUUGUAUCCCGACACAAAAGCGGAUCUAGGUUUGCCGCCAUUUAAACGAUUAGAUCGCAGAACUUCGGACAGUGUUGGCACAUACGCGACGAUGAACCAAGAAUGGCGUACAAUGUUCGCAGCUCAAGAUAAUGUUCAACAUACUGUUAAAAUGUCAGAUAUGACGGGAAGUAGUGGAAGUCCUAGCCAAAGUUUGCAUGGCGGAGAUAUACAUUUAUCGCCUCAGCACAGUUUGUCUGAUAUGAACAGCAUAAAUGAUCACUCCCUUCAUGAACGUUCAUAUAUUCAAUACAGGUGUGCACCUUGUAGAUUAGAGGUGAGACAGUUGACAUACAGAAAGCAAGAACAGCAUGCUGCAGCAUUAAGAGCACAGCACUGGGCUGAUAACAUUGCAUGGCAAACUGGUUCAAGAUUAUUACCAAGUGGUUGGAGACCUCGAGGUGUACCAGUUGCUCAUCUUUAUGAACACAGAGCUGCUGUAAAUAGGCUAGUUUCUAUACCGGAUACUAGUCUUUUCGCGAGUAGCUCCGCGGAUGGAUGUAUUAAAAUUUGGGAUGCCAAUAAAAUGGAAGGCCGCAACAUAGCUAAUCGCUCUAGGCAAACUUACAUGCAUAGAGGUGGUUCUCUAGUUGGCUUAGCAGUGUGUGAUCAAGGACAGUCAUUAGCAAGUUCUGCUAGCCAAUCAGCCACAGUGUUUGUUUUACGUAUCGAAUCGAAUUCUAGCAAAAUGAGUGUUAUUGGAACCAGACAAUUAGAUCUUCAGGAAGAAGGAUGUGCUGUUGAUCUACAGUAUUUAGAUUCUGGAUCACAAUCAGUUCUUGUAUAUGCUUCCUUGUAUGGAUCGUUAGUGGGCUGGGAUUUACGGUGUCGUGGUACAACGUGGCGUUUAGAAAACGAUCUGAAGCAUGGCGUGAUCACCUCCUUUUGCGUGAAUAAUUAUCAACAAUGGUUGACUCUCGGUACAAGUUCAGGCGUGCAUACAUGUUGGGAUUUGCGAUUUCAGUUGCCAAUAACCAGCAUUAAACAUCCCACUGGCGCGAGAGUCAGAAGGGUAAUUACACAUCCGUCAGAGCACUCGUGGAUAAUAUCUGCUAUGCAAGGUAACAACGAAAUCUCCAUGUGGAAUCUUGAAACUGAUUUUCGGCAAAUGGUCCUUUGGGCGUCCAGUGCCCCUCCACUCAGCCACUCCCAAGGCGGUCACAGCGUGUGUGCGAUGUAUUCCGGAUGCAUCGAUCGUUCUGGCUUUCUGUUGGCUGGUGGUACCGACAUGAGAUUACGUUUCUGGGAUUUGAAUACUCCCAACGAAUCGUAUGUCGCGUUGCCCGCAGCUAAUGACGUCACCUCCCCAAAUUCGUUAGCGUAUGAGCAACGUCUGAUAGAUGGAACAAACGUAGUACAAGAAGUCUUGGCCAGCGGUGGGCCCACACCGUCGUCAGGUGGAAGCAGUGUUCGAACAAGAAACUCCGAGGAAGGCGGCCAGGGACCGGAAACACCACCGUCAGGACAUCACGACACGAUCUCCGCCGUGGCGAUGUCGAACACGUGUAUUCUGACUGGCAGUACAGACGGCUUGAUACAAGUUUGGAAAUGAUUGUUCUCUCCGUCUUCGUCAACGGUAUUCCUUCAACGUUGCAUACACACACACUGUGUACAAAU